AGUCUUCGGAGGAUGUUUUAUAUAAGACCAAAUCAAAAGCCCUAGUCAGUCGUCGUCACAACACAAACCCUUCCCAAAUUCCUCUCUCUCCUCGUCCCAAUGUCGUCCGACACACAAAACCCUCCCAAUCCCAAAGAAGAAGAAGAACAGCAACCAGACGCCGCCAACAACGACAACAACAAUGCCGGCUCCAUCAGCAAAAAAGCCGCCAAGAAAGAAGCCGCCAAGCAGCAAAAACUCCACUCCAAGGCCGCCGCCUCCCUCUCCUCCGCAACCUCUCCCGACGCCCCCGACCCCCUCGCGGCCCACUACGGCGGCGUCCCCUUGGAGGAGCUCCAGUCGAAGGCCGUCACGGGCCGCCAGUGGACCGAGGUGGGGUCGCUGACGGAGGAGCUCAGGGACCGGACGGUGCUAGUGCGGGGCCGGGUCCAGACGGUCCGCGCCGUCAGCAAGAAGAUGGCGUUUCUGAUUGUUAGGGAGAAGGGGUUGACGGUGCAGUGCGUGCUGUCGGUUUGUCCGGACGUGGUUAGCCUUGGGAUGGUGAAGUUUGCCACGGGGUUGAGUAGGGAGUCGUAUGUUGAUGUUGAGGGGACUGUUUCUGUGCCCGACAGCCCCAUCAAAGGUGCUUCUCAGCAGGUGGAAAUUCAAGUGAGGAAGGUUUACUGCGUCAGCAAGGCAGUGCCUACCUUACCUAUUAACAUUGAGGAUGCUGCACGUAGUGAAGUUGAAAUUGACAAGGCUUUGCAGGCUGGAGAACAGCUUGUUCGUGUCAAUCAGGAUACUCGUCUAAAUUUUAGGGUUCUUGACCUGCGCACACCUAGUAAUCAAGGGAUUUUUCGCAUUCAAUGCCAAGUUGAAAAUAUAUUCAGGCAGUUCUUGCUAUCUGAAGGCUUUGUGGGGAUUCAUACCCCAAAGUUGAUAGCAGGCUCUAGUGAGGGCGGCUCAGCUGUUUUCAGGCUGGACUACAAAGGGCAACCUGCAUGUCUAGCUCAGUCACCUCAGCUUCACAAGCAAAUGGCAAUUUGUGGUGAUUUUGGCCGUGUUUUUGAGGUAGGUCCUGUUUUCAGAGCAGAGGAUUCCUUUACCCACAGACACUUGUGCGAGUUUACGGGUCUUGAUGUUGAGAUGGAGAUCAAGGAGCACUAUUCUGAGGUUAUGGACAUCGUGGACCGCUUGUUUGUUGCACUGUUUGAUAGUUUGAAUGAAAGAUGCGAGAAAGAGCUUGAAGCCAUUGGAAAACAAUAUCCAUUUGAGCCUUUAAAGUACUUGAGAAAGACCUUACGGCUUACUUUUCAAGAGGGGGUCCAAUUGCUAAAGGAAGCUGGCAUUGAAAUUGAUCCUCUAGGGGAUCUGAACACAGAAUCUGAGAGAAAGCUGGGGCAACUUGUUUUGGAGAAGUAUGGCACUGAGUUCUAUAUACUUCACCGAUAUCCAUUGGCCGUUCGACCAUUCUAUACCAUGCCUUGCAGUGAUGAUCCAACUUACAGUACUUCAUUUGACGUAUUCAUUCGAGGGGAGGAGAUAAUUUCAGGAGCUCAGCGGGUCCACCUACCUGAUUUGUUGACAACACGUGCCGAAGCCUGCGGGAUAGAUGUCAAAACAAUAUCAACAUAUGUGGAUUCUUUCUGGUAUGGUGCACCUCCACAUGGUGGUUUUGGGGUGGGACUGGAGCGUGUGGUAAUGCUCUUUUGUGCCCUCAACAACAUCCGCAAAACUUCACUGUUCCCUCGUGACCCUCUCCGGAUUGCUCCAUAACAUUCCAUGCCAAGUGAAUAUGCAAUUUUGCUCCAUAACUUUACUGCUGCGUUCUCCGAAACAUUUGUAUAAAGUGAAGACACAGUUUCGCAUGGAAAGAGCAGUCUAUGUACAUUCAACAAUUGUUCACCAAAUUAGCAGUUUAACUUUUAUUUUUAAAAACCCAUGUUAGAAAACUCAUUUUCCGUUUGCGUGAAGCGUAUGAAUUAUUAGUAAUGCGGUUCCGGGUUUUUU